AUGCAAAUCAUGAACAAUUCCAGCUUCGACCCGGAGGCCUUGGUAUCCGGAAAAUCUCCAUUUCUCACCGGUAUCUUCUUGGAUCCCAUUACUGGCCCUUUUGCAAUGAGUCGCCCCGUCGCCACUCUAAGACAGACGGAUAACAAUCAUAUUAUCGAAAUUAAUGACUCAGUUACCGAGGAUAUCUACUCUCAGAACGAAUUGGAUGCACGCUAUGCUCAGCUUGGUUGGCCAUCUCUGAGCAGACUACCAAGUAAACCUGGCGAUAUUUCAUCUUUCGGAGACCAGCCUACUAUCGGAGCGGAGAUUUGGGCUUCGAGACGGUUUAUGGUACAAAGAGUUUCUGUAAAUGUUGCACCGGAGGAUCUUCGCCCAGUAGAACCCUUUGUCGAAGCCAUCGAAGAGGCGCUUGGACAAGAAACCCGUGUGCUACAACUCAAGGCUCUUCAAAAGGUUUUCGCCGUAUGGGGCGAAGUAAUUCCACUGAAUAUGGUGGCUGGAGCUUCCUUGGCUGUAACUGGUACGCUCAGUGCUGGCACGCAGCUACCAGAUGGAGCUCCUCCGAAUUCGCCUCCAGGAGACCGUCCGUAUAACCUCUCGGAUAUCAUAGAUCGACACCUGAGCACAUCAAGAACCUUUGUAAGGAAACUCGAGUCGCGUGUUCAGGGCGGAUUUUCGGAAGCGCUGUUGAAUGAAGGGUAUGAAGGUUGGCUCAAAAGUGUCGCCGAAAACCCUGCAACCUGGACAGUGGUCAAGGUUCAUCGUGUCGUACCGAUCACAGAUAUCCUAGGUGAUAAACUUCGAAGAAGCGUGGAGCAGGUCUUCGGGAGUUCACUCGUUUACCGGUCUCCUGGCGUGGGCGCGCCUCAUGGAAGUGGCUUUGAGUGCGAUACAAAAGUUCUACGGGCUAUCGAAAGGAUUAAAGUUUGGUAUUCUGACUCGAGGAUUCGGGACAUCUCCAUUAAAUACGUUGGAGGCGCUGUCUCUGGGCCGUAUUCUUUCGGAAGCCUCAACCCACAGUCACAAUCAGACGACUUUAUCCUGGGCUCAGGAGAAUAUAUCACUGAUGUUUUUGUAUGGUAUCACGUCGACGGCUGGAUUGCGGGGCUCCAGUUCUUUAAGACUAGUCUCGAAUGCUCCCCAAUUUAUGGAAUAAAAGACCGAGAGCUGAUCACCACUCACCCCCCUGUUCUCCUGAGUGGCAAUGGGAACGCACUUUUAGGAUUCUCUGGUACAUUCUAUUCGGACUCCAUAUGCCAGGUCAAAGCCGUAUGGAGGAGAGACAUCACUGUUGGAAGAUACCGCCAUACCCAGACAUCGUUUACAGGCGCAUUGCACGGGUUUGUAUUCAACGACUUGCAACACUUGGCCGAUCCCGCCACAUCACGUAUUGCUGAGAUUACUGCGCGAACAGAAAAUAGCCUUGCCAACCUAAGUACUACAUAUGUUUCCAUCAGUGGAGGAGCCAUCGUCCGUUCGGAAACACCAGCCCGUGGAACGGAUCGUGGGCCUUUACAAACGAUGAUCUUGGAGGAUGACGAAUACAUUAUCGGAUUCACUUACAUAUUCAAUGCAGAAGAACACCCGCCGUUUGGUACUGAUAAAGGAGACGUCACGUUUGAUUUCAAAGCCCCCAAGAACAUUGAUGGGAAAGACAUGGUCCUUCAUUAUAUGGCCGGAAAAGCGAUCAUCAGCGAGAUUUAA